ACGAAUCUAUACAUCAGUCUACCGGUCUCGGGGAAACGUUUAUUACGACGUUUUAAAACAACGAUUAACUGAACUAAGGAUAAUUACAAUGUUGGCCACCGAGCGUAAACUCGUUAACAUUUAUGUGUAAUUAGAUAACGGAAAGUUAACAAUAUGUGAUCGAUCGUUUAUCUUUGUGUUUUUAUGAUAUCAACAUGGCUGUGAAAGUAUUGGUUCUGUUAGCCAUAGUAGCACAUGUUUGUGCCGAUGAUACUCCACUUACUAUUGGUGGUUUAUUUUACAAAGAUGCUGAAGAUCUCAAAAUUGCAUUUACAAAAAGUGCAGAACAAUUUAAUUUCACGGCUUCUAUCAAAGAGGUAUCGAAAAAAGGGGAAAUACUCGAUGUUACUAAAAACGUGUGUGAACUCGCCACGGAGGGAGUAUUAGGAAUAAUAGAUGCUAUUGGCGGACGCGCCAGUGAAAACAUUCAGACAUUAUGUGACGUUCUAGAACUACCUCACGUGGUAGUUCAACACAAUGAUUGGUAUUCUAAAAAUUGGUCUGUCCUAAAUAUGUAUCCCAGUCCAGAAGCUUAUAAUACGGUCUUACAAGAGUUAGUACAAGAAAAAAACUGGGAGAACUUCACAUUAUUAUAUGUGAAAGGUCAUAGUUUGAUGCGCAUGAACAGUUUACUGAUGAUGGGCAAUGUCACAGACCGAUACACUGUUAGUGUAAGAGAACUAAGUGGUGAUGACUACAGAGACGUUCUUAUUAAUGCCAAACAAAAUGGUUACAAAAACUUUGUAGUGGAUUGCCCAUUGCAAUACCUAGAACAACUUCUUCAGCACGCACAACAGGUGGGCUUGAUGGCUGAUGAACACUCCUACAUCUUCUUAUCACCAGAUUUGUUCACUCUGGAUCUCAAUAGGUACAGACACGGAGGAGUCAAUAUGACAGGUUUCAGGUUAGUAGAUUUACAAAACAAUGAACGUUUGUGGCAAUUAACAGACAUAAUCAACAAUGGUACUGAGAGAACUCUGGAGUCGGAGGAGUUAAAUACUAAAACUUUAUUAAUUCAUGAUGCCAUUCAAAUAUUCCAUGCGGCUUUAAAAAAAGUUAAAGUUAAAACAGAAGCGCUCAGUUGUGAUAAUGGUAUAUCUUGGAGAUAUGGUUCAACAUUACUUAAUUUUAUGCAAACUAACAAAGUUGAGGGUAUAACGAGGACGUUACUAUUUGAUGGUUUUGGUCAAAGAAAUAAUGUUACUUUUGAUAUAUUAGAACUAACUCCAGCCGGUAACCAAACGGUCGGGAAAUGGAAUUCCAACGGAUUGGUUAUAGAAAGACCCUUUGUACCUAAUGCUGAGAUUGGUAUAGAGUCAGCAAUGAGAAACAAAUCUAUAAAGGUGUUGAUUUCAAAGACACAACCAUUUACAUAUAUAAAGUAUACAUCAGAGACAUUAGAAGGAAAUGAUCGAUUUGAAGGAUUUGCAGUAGACUUAAUUGAAUAUUUGUCAAGAAUAUUAGGUUUCAGUUACGAGUUUGAAUUAGAGACUGAUUAUGGUUCUAUAAAUAAAGAAACAGGAAAAUGGACUGGGAUGGUACUGAAACUUAGAGAUGAGAGAGCUGAUUUAGCAAUUUGUGACUUAACGAUCACAACACAGAGACUGAGUGGCAUAGACUUUUCAACACCUUUUAUGACAUUAGGUAUUAGUAUAAUUUUCAAGGAACCAAGAAAGCAACCACCAGAAAUGUUUUCGUUUAUGGCUGUGUUUUCAAAAGAGGUCUGGUAUUACAUGACAUUGAUACAACUUCUGCUAGGAUUUCUCAUGAUCUUCGUGGGUCGUAUUUCACACAAGGAAUGGCAAAAUCCCGUACCCUGUAUAGAACAACCAGAAGAGUUGACCAAUCAAUUUAGUUUUGCCAAUUCAGUCUGGCUUAUUAUCGGCUCUGUUAUGCAGCAAGGGUCAGAAAUUGCACCUAUAGCUUUAGCACCUAGAAUGAUUACUAGUGUAUGGUGGUUCUUUACAAUGAUCAUGGUGGCUUCAUACGUAGGAACUUUGGUAGCCUUCCUAACAGUUGAAAAAGAUGUUAUGCCAUUUGAAAACGUUGAGCAACUAGCAGAUCAUAAAUCCUUUUCUUAUGGUGCGAAGAACGGAGGAACUACUUUGCAAUUUUUUGAGAAAUCAUCAAAUCCAGUAUUUCGAAAAAUGCAUCAAAAAAUGAUUUCAAAACAAUGGUUAGUGGCAGACAAUGACUUAGGUGUAGCUCUUGCAGAAAGUUCAUCUUACGCUUUCUUUAUGGAGUCUACGUCAAUUGAAUAUUAUAAAGAGAGACAUUGCGAUUUAGUACAAUUUGGAGAGUUGCUGGACUCGAAAAGUUACGGCAUUGGAAUGAAAAAGGGAUCACCGUACAAGAAAUACAUAGAUGAUGCAUUACUACAGCUUAAAGAAAAGGGCGAGAUACAAAAACUGAAGGAUAUUUGGUGGAAAGAAAAAAGAGGAGGAGGAAAAUGUGGAGAAAAAGUAAAUAAAGAAGAAAAACAGCUUAGUAUGAAAAACAUGCUGGGCGCAUUCGUAGUGCUUGGUGUGGGGUGUUGUAUUGGUUUACUUAUAUCCACCCUUGAUAUGCUCUGGGCAGUUUUCAAGCGUUCCGUCAAAUAUAACACCACAUUUAAAGAAGAGCUUAUAGAAGAAUUGAAGUUCGCUCUCAAAUUCAGCGGCGACGUGAAACCGGUUAAAAGACCGACGAAGUCAGAUGAAGGCAGCGCCGAGGCAUUAGCUGAAGUCGAAAAGAAAGAUGAAGUCAGAUCACUGCGAUCGAUACGUUCAGGUCGAUCCACGUCUACUCGAAUGACCUGUCACUCUCAUAGUUCCAGACAUUCUUCAGGAGGACUUAGUAUUGCUUUUGCAAAGAGGAGAGAUUAUUCCUAAUAAAUAUUCCUAAUAUAAGUCUUACUACACACAUAAAACAACGCACUAAAAUAGAAUAGUAUACUAUAAUUAAUUGAUGUUAUUAUAGUUAAUUGGUUUUCUAACAAUUUAUAAGUAUUAUAUUAAGAAGCAACUGAGAGAGAUUUAUGGUAUGAUUAAUCUUCGUAAAGUUUAAUUAAACUUUAAGUUCUACUAAUUGUUGUAGUUAUUAUUACAUAAUCAUUUUAUUACCUAAUAAAACUAGUAAAGUAGCUGAAAUUUUAAAUAUUAUUAAGACUCUUAUUAAAAAGGGAGGGUUACUACAAUUUUUUAUGCCGGUAAGAUUCUAAGAUUUAAAACUGGUAGAGUCAGUGUUCAAUUAUCGUAAUUAUUAUUAAUUAGUGUUAAAUUAACGUACCUACGUAAAGUACCUACGUGGUUAUUAUUUUUAUUUAGGUUCUUAUUAUACUCGUAACUAACGACUCAGUAGUUUUAUAAGGACCCCUUUAUUGCACAUCAUAACCUAAAUUACAAUGGUUACAAAUAGAGGCAGCUAUUACCGUAUAUAUACCGUUUUCUUCUGAGCUAAAUAACGACUAGUCCCGUUAUGUCAUUGCCUCUAGAUAUUAUUUAUGAUUAUGGUCAAGCGAAAUGACGAGAUAAAAUUAGAUCAUACACAAUAUAAAUUAUACGGCAACAGUAACAGUAGUAAUUAAGUUAUACAUUUAUAUUUUGUUUUAUAAAUACUUGACUUACCAUUUAAAAGCGGAAAAUUCUUUUAUACAAUAAUGUAACUAAAUAUCUAUAUUACGUAAAUAAAUUAUUCUCUUUAUUAUUAAAAAAUAAUACUGAAAUUGUUUAUCUUAUUAGCCAGAUUCGAAAUUCCUUGCGUUCAGAAAUGGGUUAAGGUGACGAUACUAUUAUAUUGUAAAGGGUUUUUAUAAAGGGUCUUUGAAUAUUGGUUACUCGAGUAGGUAAAAGGUCUAUGAACACGCAAGAUUUUGAUACAUAACUCCAUUAUAUCAGCGUUAGAAGUGGACACCGCCCGUAGUGACUGCGGUCUUUCAGGGUGCUUCCAUUAACCAAACAAAUUGCUUACAAAACUUGUAACUUUUAGCACCCCACAGUGACUUAUGGAUGUUUACUAAUAUCUAGCCGUAAACAUAACCUAGUUAACUUAAUAUUGUACAAAAUAAACUCAGUCUUGCUUUUUAUUCUAGAUCUGAUUUAUUACACAUUUUUCCAAUAAAGGAAUCGAGAAAUAAGGUGGCACGGUCUAGUAGAGAAUGAUAAAGAGUUAGUUACCUAUAGACGUAAAUAAUA